CAAUAUCGUCGUCGGGUUCUUUCAAGAGUACGCCGCGGAAAAGACUAUGGAAUCGCUUCACUCACUCUCGUCGCCGACCGGUACAGUCUCACGAGGGGGGCAGACCUUUUCGAUUCCAUCGCAGGAGAUUGUUCCGGGUGACAUGGUUGAGUUGAGGACUGGAGAUACUGUUCCGGCGGAUAUACGCCUAGUUGAAGCCGUCAAUUUCGAGACCGAUGAGGCCCUCCUGACUGGCGAAUCACUCCCUGUUCAGAAAGAAUGUGAUUCCACUUUCAAGGAAGAUACAGGCCCGGGCGACCGUCUUAACAUCGCGUACAGCUCGAGCACCGUUACCCGCGGCCGUGCUCGUGGUGUUGUCAUCGGCACAGGCAUGUCCACCGAGAUUGGUUCCAUCGCCCUCGCCUUGCGCAAUAGCAACACGAAGCGUCGUCCCGUCAAGCGUGGCCCUGACGGAGAAACCAAGAAACGCUGGUAUCUCGAGGCAUGGACUCUCACGGGAACGGAUGCCGUCGGUCGCUUCCUUGGCGUCAAUAUCGGGACGCCCUUGCAAAGGAAGCUAUCUAAACUAGCCUGCUUGCUGUUUGGCGUCGCGGUUAUAUUUGCCAUUGUCUGCAUGGCCGCAAACUAUUUCAGCAGCAACAAUGAAGUCAUCAUGUACGCGGUUGCGACCGGUAUCAGUAUGAUUCCGGCGUGCUUGGUGGUUGUUCUCACCAUCACCAUGGCAGUCGGCACCAAACGUAUGGUGGAGCGGAAUGUCAUCGUUCGCAAACUCGACUCGCUGGAGGCCCUCGGUGCUGUUACUGAUAUCUGCUCGGAUAAGACCGGUACGUUGACUCAGGGCAAGAUGGUUGUCAAAAAGGCAUGGAUCCCAUCUCGUGGAACAUAUUCUAUUGGCGCAUCUAACGAGCCAUUUAACCCUACCCUUGGCGAAUUGCGCUUUGCGCCUGUAUCUCCUUUACAAUUUGGUGAAGAGGAUGAAGGUCUACCGGGAGCAAAUGUUGAAGACCUACUCUCAGACAAUGAUCAACUCCAGGACUUUCUCAAUGUCGCCUCGAUGGCCAACCUUUCUCACGUGUUUGAAUCUGAAAAUGGUGAAUGGAACGCACGAGGCGAGCCCACGGAGAUUGCCAUUCAGGUAUUCGCAUCCAGGUUCAAUUGGAACCGUGACCGUUGGACCAAAGGCCAAGGUGCGCUGUGGCAUCAAAAGGCCGAAUUUCCAUUUGACUCUACCGUGAAGAAAAUGUCUGUGAUUUUCAGCAAGGUCGGAUCAAAGGACGACCAAGACAACGCCACGAUGAUCUUCACCAAAGGCGCCGUUGAGAGAAUUGUUGAUUCAUGCACGUCCGUCAUUUGGGAUCAAGGUUCCUCUACACCCGUGCCUCUGACUGACGAACAUCGCAACUUGAUCUUCCAGAAUAUGGAGGAGCUGGCCAAGCUCGGACUGCGAGUACUAGCACUAGCUCAACGCCCGUACAAUGAGCAGGCACGAGUACUAGAGGGCUCCGACCUGGAACGCGAUACUAUUGAGAAGGACUUGUGUUUUCUAGGCCUGAUCGGGUUGUACGAUCCGCCACGACCCGAGACGGCCGGCUCAAUCCAGGCCUGCUAUCGGGCCGGGAUCGUCGUCCACAUGGUCACUGGCGAUCAUCCGGGUACUGCACGAGCAAUCGCUCAACAAGUGGGGAUCCUCCCUUCUGAUUUCAGCACCGUAGCUGCGGACGUGGCGGAUGCAAUGGUUAUGACAGCAGGUCAGUUCGACAAGCUUUCAGAUGAGCAGAUUGACGCGUUGCCGACGCUUCCUUUGGUCAUUGCUCGCUGCGCACCUCAGACCAAGGUGCGCAUGAUCAGCGCCCUCCAUCGCCGCAAUCGUUUCGCAGCCAUGACCGGCGAUGGUGUGAAUGACUCGCCCUCACUUAAACAUGCCGACGUGGGUAUCGCAAUGGGACAGGCAGGAUCGGAUGUCGCUAAAGACGCGUCGGACAUCAUUCUCACAGAUGACAACUUUGCCUCUAUUCUCAACGCCGUUGAAGAAGGUCGUCGUAUCUUUGAUAAUAUCCAAAAAUUUGUGCUGCAUUUGUUGGCCGAAAACAUCGCUCAAGCCUGUACCCUUCUCAUCGGACUGGCGUUCAAGGAUGCCGAUAAUCAGUCCGUCUUCCCCUUGGCUCCUGUUGAAAUUCUCUGGAUCAUUAUGAUCACUUCAGGUAUGCCCGAUAUGGGCCUGGGAAUGGAGGUAGCCGCCCCUGAUAUUAUGGACCGUCCUCCUCAGAGCAAGCAAGGUAUCUUCACGUGGGAAGUGAUUAUCGACAUUCUAGUGUAUGGUAUUUGGACCGCAGCGCUGUGUCUGGCAGCCUUCUCUGUCCGCAUGUGGGGAUUUGGUGAUGGCAACCUAGCCCGUGGGUGCAACCAGGAGUGGUCGGAGCAGAUCCAAGAUUGCGAGCUGGUGUUUAAAGCCCGUGCUACGACGUUCGUCUGUCUGACGUGGUUCGCGCUCUUCCUGGCGUGGGAAAUGAUCGAUUUGCGACGGUCGUUCUUCCGCAUGCAGCCGGAAUCCAAGAAAUACUUUACCCAGUGGAUGUACGAUGUUUGGCGGAACAAGUUUCUCUUCUGGUCUAUCAUGGCUGGGUGGAUCACCAUGUUUCCAAUUCUUUACAUUCCUCGACUGAACGAUGUCGUGUUCAAGCACAAACCCAUCACAUGGGAAUGGGGUAUUGUGGGCGUCGAGGCGGUUCUUUUCUUCCUGGGUGUUGAGUCGUGGAAGUGGGCCAAACGAGUCUUUUUCCGUCGCAGAGACCGCAAGAAUUUACAGUUGGCUUCGAUGGGAAACAUGCCGGAGCAACCCUAACGAGUGCUCUCCCCGGCCAAAGAUCACUUGGCUGGGGAGUAAACUCAUAUUGCUCCGGGGUGCGUCUCACGGAGCUAAGCGCUGCAGAAUGCAGGGCUGGUAUUACCUAUGGUGGAGGAACGGGGUAGGUAUGGAGGGCAUAGCGAAAGGGAGGUCUCUGCACCCAGCAGAUGGUAUACCCGAAAACGCUAGUUGGGAAGCAUGAUGGCAUCAGUAAGCCAUAGGUUAUAGUUGUCUUGGGGUGGGUAUUCUAAAGCAUCCAGAACGAAUUUCGGGUCAAUAUUAG